AUGAUUUCCUCAGUGGCUCCGGGCGAUUAUCCACACUCCGACCGGAGCUCCGGACAUGCGGCGUCGGAAACUCGACGGCCGAUGCCGAGAUCGCUCGGCGAAGCUCUACGGGCUGUCGGUACCACGCUUGAUACGCCUGGCUCCGAGACCCCUAGCGAAGAGGAUUAUGAAGAAAACGUCCGUCCAACUUUGGCAGAGCCAUCCGCUGUCCGGAAUCGUUACCCGUAUGCUCGUCAUGGCCGUCCACUGCCGGACACAUUACCAGCAUCUCCAUCCACUGCAGAACCCGAGUCACGUUUUAAACACCGUGAUUCCGGUGUCUAUAUCGUUUCAGAUGAGGACAACAGCCUUCAGCAAUUGCUUAUGACUAGCUCGCAGUGGUCUGAAGAAUCUUCUGGUCCAAAGGUUCGACGACGCAAGUUUGCCGACCUCGUCUUCACUCGCCAGUUCUCUGCCUUUGACCGCCAUAACCCGUCGGCGUUUAACAGCCCGUUCCACGGCUUCUACACGUUGUUCUGGCUUGCUGUGUUUCUUUUCGUAUUGAAGAUUUCUGUCCAGAACUGGCAAAUCUAUGGAAACCCUUUGGGAACCAGCGAUAUUAUGAAGACCAUGUUUCAUCGAGAUGUGGUUGUCCUACUUCUCUCAGACGGCAUCAUGUGUGCUCUCACAGCGGUAACUUGGCUGAACCAAUGGUUGGUAUAUGCGAACUACCUCGAUUGGAAUGGGGCAGGAUGGUUGCUCCAGCAUAUUUGGCAAACAACCUUUCUGGCCGGGGUCGUUGGCUUAACUCUGUGGCGCGACUGGCCGUGGACUCAUACCGUGUUUUUCGUUUUGCACGGCAUUGUCAUGCUAAUGAAACAACAUUCGUAUGCCUUCUAUAAUGGCCACCUCUCUUCAGUCUACAAGCAACGUGCCACCAUCAUCAAGAAGCUGAAACAACUUGACCUCGUUGACCCAACCAUGACCCCGUCGCAGACCGAGCCCCCUGCAUCCGCUAUUUCAACGCACCACCUAAGCGUUGCUCCCUCCGCCGAAGAGCGUCGAAAGUCCAUCUCAGCGCAGCCAGAAAAGGAAGAGAGCGAUAUCGAGAAGAUUUCGCGAGCGAUUGCCUCACAUGAACCUUUGGAUGACCAACAAAUCGCUCUAUUCGAGCGUAUCAUGAAAUGGGAGAUUGAUGCCAUGUCAGACGAACUCAGGGGUACCGCCCUCACAGCAGACAAAGCGUACCCGAAUAAUCUGUCUUUCGUUGACCAUUACAAAUGGAUCCCUCUACCAACGCUAGUAUACGAGAUAGAAUAUCCACGAUCGGACUCCAUCGACUGGUCAUAUGUACUGGAGAAGGCUGUGGCAAUGGUCGGCAUCUUGUUCGUCAUGGUACAAGUCUCGCAGUAUUCUAUGUAUCCUGUAGUCAUGAAAACAGUUGAAAUGAAGGAGAAUGAUGUUCCGCUCAUUGAGAGACUUCAGGAGUUCCCGGGGCUACUUCUUGAUCUCAUCUUCCCCUUCAUGAUGGAAUAUCUGCUUGUGUGGUAUCUCAUAUGGGAAACCAUCCUAAAUAUUCUAGCCGAGUUGACAUACUUUGCCGAUCGCAGUUUUUAUGACGCGUGGUGGAACAGUGUCUCCUGGGAUCAAUUCGCUCGUGACUGGAAUCGACCAGUACACGUCUUUCUAUUACGACAUGUAUACCACAGUUCUAUUUCAUCCCUGAAGGUCAACAAACACACAGCCACACUCAUUACAUUCUUUCUCUCAGCCUGCGUUCAUGAGCUGGUCAUGUGGUGCUUAUUCAAGAAAUUGAGAGGCUAUCUCCUAUUCCUCCAGAUGUGCCAACUACCAUACACCAUUGGAGAAAUCUUUGUCUUAUGA